GCCUGUGAACUUGGAAGUUCGGCGUGGUUCUCUGUCAGAAACAAUAUAAGGGAGUCUUCCGACGAAUCAUAUCCAUUACCUAUACUUUUCAUCUAUAGACAUGCCUGCAAUCCGGCUAUCUCAUCGUCGACGCUCCUCACUAGCUACAUCAGCUUUUAAUCCUGUCAAGGCCGGUAUAUACGGGAUCCAGACAUCGCCGCGAGCUGUCACCUUCGCACCCAAUGUAACACCUGGGACGUACACCGAACCUGAGGCCUCAACGUCAGAAUCGACGCCUGAACCUUCAUCGCCUACCGCAAAACUGUUCCCCCCGUCGGAACUGCCUGCCCCCCCUUCACGCAGGCGGGUACCUCCGGGUAAACGUCGCUCACUGGGAUACAUCCCUCGUCCCCCCAAUGCAUUCAUGCUUUUCCGUGCCGAUUUCGUCCGCCAAAAGCAUGUCCCUGGAUCCAUCGAGACCAACCACGGAUCCUUGUCAAAAAUCAUCGGCAACUGCUGGAGAUCUCUCCCGUUGAACGAAAAGAGGGAUUGGGAAAUCAAAGCCAAGCAUGCCAAAGCUGAGCACAAAGCUCGAUACCCAGAGUAUCGAUUCCGCCCCGUCCACAACAAGAAUAAGGACAAGAAGAAGGAGAAGGCCACCCCCACCGUGGAGGAUGAACGACGAUGCGAAGAGGUUGCUCAGCUCCUCCUUGAAGGCAAGAAAGGCGAUGAGCUUGCCGAAGCUAUCCGAAGCCUUGACCAGAGAAAAGUUGAGGCUCCCGCCCCAAUAUACUAUCACCGUCGUUCGUCGUCAGUCCCGCUCCCCGAGUCGCGAUUCAAUCCUAUCGCUCUUCCGUCUUUGCCUUUCUUGGCGCUUUCAAGGCCCGACUCGCCUGUAGGCAAUAUCUCGCGCUCCACUAGGAUGGUGCUUGGGCAACGACGUGCGUCAAGUGCUCGCCCGGCCGUUACUCGCCAAUGGAGUAACUUCUCCUGGGGUGCUCCUACACCUUCAACUUUGCCGCGAGAUGAAUCUCCUCUUCCUGAGGUGGACACUAGCCUGUUCGAGCCUGGGUUUCUCGACUCGAACUUCUCUUUCUCCAACUCACAAACCGAUCCUCCCUUCAACUUCAAUGACUUAUUUGCCAAUCUUCCUCCUCAUGCGCAGUCGCACAACGAUAUAGGCAUUUCACCUUUAGACAACAUGGCCGCUCACGGAUUUUCCAUGCCCGACGCCAAUGCACUGAACUGCAACAAUGAUAUGUCCAGCUUCCACCCAGACAACAUGUCCUCCUGGAUGCCCAACGGACUGACACAUUCCCAGCCGUCCUCUGCAUACUCGGGAUCGCCUGCGCACUCUGAUAUGUCGUUGCCUGUCGUCGCACCACAGCCCCAGCACGCAAAAGUCCAAGAACAAUUUGAUUUCUGGAAGGAGAUGGGCACGUUCCCAGGCAUGCAACAGCAGGGACAGCAAGCCGAUUUCGGCAUGGGUCUCAACGCAGUGCAUGGCCAACAGAUCUGUGGUGGCGCGGAUCCUGCCAUUGAUCUGGCUCAUUAUGCAACUGGCCUGGAGACACUGUUCGACAAUUCGUUCUGUGGGAUCGAUCCGAACAGUGGUGUGGCCGUGGGUUUCGAGUUCAACGAGAUGCAUCACGAGUUUUGAUGAUCGUGUUUGGUUACUUUUUCUCUCCUUGCUACUCGCAUCUUUAAUCGUUUCUCAUGAUUUAAUCAACCAUUGUCCAUCAUAUGGAGUUACCCCCUUGGCAUAUCACUGUAUGUAUAAUUACCUUAUACCUUUCACACAGGUAGCCACCUGUUGUCUUUUUUCUCAUUUCUAUUAAUCAUUCUCGGAUUUUCUUGGAUUGUGUUCGUCACUCCCUGUGUAGCCUUAUAUCUCGCUCUUGAUACUAUUUGUAGCCCAUACCUUGGAUUGUCCCUGUUUUAUAUAUCAUGACUUUGUGAUCUCCGUGCGGUGUUUUCGCGAA